GUUUUGUUGUGAUGCAACUGGUGACAUCGUGUGGCAGCGAUGGUCACUCAAUGGCUCUGACGGAAAGCGGCGAAGUGUUCAGCUGGGGCGAUGGUGACUAUGGCAAGCUAGGUCACGGAAACAGUGACCGCCAGCGCCGACCAAGGCAGAUUGAAGCAUUGCAGGGAGAGGAGGUGGUGCAGAUGUCUUGUGGGUUCAAACAUUCUGCAGUGGUGACGGCUGAUGGAAAACUUUUCACAUUUGGUAACGGUGAUUAUGGCAGGCUGGGACUGGGAAAUACAUCCAACAAGAAACUUCCAGAGAAGGUUACUGCUCUGGAGGGCUACCAAGUUGGACAGGUGGCGUGUGGUUUGAACCACACAUUGGUUGUCUCCACCGAUGGAAUGAUGGUUUGGGCCUUCGGUGAUGGAGACUACGGAAAACUAGGACUGGGGAACUCCACAGCCAAGUCUUCUCCUCAGAAAGUGGAUAUUCUUUGUGGGAUCGGCAUCAAGAAGGUGGCCUGUGGAACUCAGUUCUCUGUGGCUUUAACCAAAGACGGCAAUGUUUACACAUUUGGCCAAGACCGCCUGAUUGGUUUGCCAGAAGGUCGAGCUCGAAACCAUAACCGACCUCAGCAGGUGCCAGCGCUGUCAGAGAUCCAUAUCCAGGAUGUGGCUGUAGGAGCUGAACACACUCUGGUGCUCUCCUCCAUAGGAGAUGUUUACACCUGGGGCAGCAACUCAGAGGGACAGCUGGGUCUGGGCCACACCAACCAUGUAAGAGAACCUACUCUGGUGACAGUGCUGCAGGGCAAGAGCAUCAACCAGAUCUCUGCAGGACGCUGCCACAGCGCAGCCUGGACAGCUCCCUGUGUUCCGCCUCGCGCACCAGGGAGACACGACCAGACGGUGAUGUUGCUCUCCAACCAAGCCCACCAGUGUGCUUUCCAGGUGGCCACAGUGAACAACAAUGUCGACCUGCUUGUCUACAGCAUCUCCAAAAGGCUGGAGGACACAGACCUGCCUGAGGAGAUGAGGAGCUCGCUCUGCAAAGCGUCUGAUGUCAUCCUCAACCUCGGGAACAAACGCGUUUCCCCACGACAGCUGCAGUCUCCACCCAAACGGCGCUGCAUUUCUAAAGGUGCUCACGCCUCUCCUCAGUGCGUGUCAGCUCACAUCAACUCUAAUGUGAGCCCGCAGCCUGAGCACAGCACAGAGGCGUUCCCAGAGCCCUUUCAGCGAGGCCCCCUCAUGUGUCGCUCGGAGAGCAUCUCCAGAGCAUAUGACGGCGGUGGGGGCUUUGACUUGGCUGACGUCCGAUCAUCAGUUCCUCUCCAGCUGGGUCUACCAGUGGCAGUGCCACCUCAGUACAGUGGGUUGAAGGAGGUGAGCAUAGAGGCAGUGAGGGCCCGUCUGCGCCUCCUCUAUCACUUUUCUGAUCUCAUGUACUCGUCAUGGAGGCUGCUGAACCUCAGCCCCAAUAACCAGAGCUGCACCUCCCACUAUAACACAGGGACAUGGGGUAUCGUUCAGGGCCAGCUGAGACCCCUGUUGGCACCCAGAGUUUACACUCUGCCCAUGGUUCGCUCUAUAGGGAAGACCAUGGUACAAGGGAAGAACUAUGGACCCCAAAUUACUGUCAAACGGAUAUCCACUCGGCGGAAAUGCAAACCGAUCUUUGUGCAGAUUGCACGGCAGGUGGUGAAGCUAAACGCCUCAGACCUCCGGCUGCCAUCACGAGCCUGGAAGGUCAAACUGGUGGGAGAGGGAGCUGACGAUGCAGGCGGGGUGUUUGAUGACACCAUCACAGAGAUGUGUCAGGAGCUAGAGACAGGUGUGGUCGACCUGCUCAUCCCCUCCCCCAAUGCAACAGCUGAGGUCGGCUACAACAGAGACAGGUUGCUCUUCAACCCAUCUGCCUGCUUGGAUGAGCACAUGCUCCAGUUCAAGUUUUUGGGCAUUCUCAUGGGCGUGGCCAUCCGGACCAAGAAGCCUCUGGAUUUGCACCUGGCCCCACUGGUCUGGAAGCAGCUGUGCUGCAUCCCACUGCAGCUGGAGGACCUUGAAGAAGUAGACCUGCUCUAUGUGCAGACGCUUAAAAGCAUUCUUCACAUUGAAGACAGCGGUAUCACUGAGGACAAUUUCCAUGAGAUGAUUCCUCUGGAUUCCUUCAUUGGACAGAGUGCGGACGGUAAAAUGGUACCCAUCAUCCCAGGAGGAAACAGCAUCCCUCUGACUUUCUCCAACAGGAAGGAGUAUGUGGAGCGAGCCAUUGAGUACCGGCUGCAUGAGAUUGACCGACAGGUGGCAGCGGUGCGCGAGGGCAUGUCGUGGAUUGUUCCAGUGCCGCUGCUGUCUCUGCUGACUUCCAAGCAGCUGGAGCAGAUGGUGUGCGGCAUGCCCGAGAUCUGCUGCGAUGUGCUGAAGAAGGUAGUGCGGUACCGGGAGGUGGACGAGCAGCAUGCGUUGGUCCAGUGGUUCUGGCAGACGCUGGAGGAGUUCUCCAACGAGGAGCGCGUCCUCUUCAUGCGCUUCGUCUCAGGAAGAUCGCGGUUGCCCGCCAACACAGCUGACAUCUCUCAGAGGUUUCAGAUCAUGAAGGUGGACCGGCCGUACGACAGCCUGCCGACCUCUCAGACCUGCUUCUUCCAGCUGCGUCUGCCGCCGUACUCAAGUCAGGCUGUUAUGGCUGAGAGGCUACGCUACGCUAUCAACAACUGCCGCUCCAUCGACAUGGACAACUACAUGCUCUCCCGCAAUGUGGACAAUGCCGAGGGCUCUGACACAGAUUACUGAUGCUUCCAAACUCUAAAUCCCUAGAAGGACGAUGGUCUCGUCUUGGGGAUUCUCUGUCAUGGCUGCAGCCGUCAUUGCAAACAACACUUUUCCAUCAUUUAAUGUCCUUUGAAAUAAAACACCUUUAUUUCUCUUAGCAGGUUUUAAAUUUACACGAGAAGUGCUUUUAGUUCAUUUCUUUCACAUUCAGGGUUUCUGCAUGAAGCUGUGUUCAUUUAUUUGGAAAUGUACAAAAGAGUGCAACAAAAAGCAAGAGAGGAGAAAGAACUUUGUACAUUGUGUAAAGUGCUUCAUUAGGAAAAUGUUUUGCUUUGUAUUCAUAUUUAUUGUUUUCAUGAGCAACUGCAAGUUUCCCAAAGCAUUAAAAACAACAAUAAAAACAUUCUGCAUAA